AGUGUGUAACGCCUUGCCUCUAUAUAAAAGGCUUCUAUCGGUUGUUUUUCAACUUCCGUUACUUAUCAAGCCCUUUCUGAAGAAAGAACCCUCUAACCUCUCUCUAUCUCUCUACAUAGUUCCGAAGAAAGAACCCUCUAACCUCUCUCUAUACCUCUCUAUACAUACAUAUAUACAGAUAGGAUAAGAACCCUCUAAUCUCUCUCUAUAUCUUUCUAUACAUACAUAUAUACAGAUAAGAUUGAUUGAAAGGUUAAUUGAAUUGGAGAUCUGGUAGAAUAGAAAGAAUGUCAAUUCAGUUCAAAUUUAGGAGCUGUUUAAACUUUGAUUCUGUUGAUAUAGAUGGUAAGCCGUCUAUACCGUUGUGGGAGUUGAGGUUGAAGAUCAUGCGCCAUAAAAAGCUCAGCAUUUGUCAGGACUUUGUUCUCAUUUUCUCUGAUGCCCUUUCUGGGGAAGAGUAUAAUUACAGAUUGCGAGUGGGUCAAGUGUAAUUGUCAAGAGAGUUCCUGCUGGAACGAUGCCUUCAGCUGCUAAACCACCAAUUGGUAUCAUGAAGGAUUUAGGGCUGAAAGAUGUUGAUCCUGUUAAUCAUUUGGUUGGGCAAGCCAAUGUGUUAGAUGACUUGGCAAUGACAUUUUUCCAGCGACUGAAGGAACAUUUCUUGGCAGUGUACCUGAUGACCCCGAAGAUUGUCAGAGUGAAAGCAAGCCUCUUAAUUUUCUUUAUUCCCAUGUUCAGGAUGAAGGUGGGGACAUGAAUUUUGUGCCUGCAUCUAGAGUUAAUAAGGACCAUAACUGUUACAUGUGUGGUUCUCCUGACCAUCUCAUCAGAGACUCUGCUUUUGCUUCCUAUCCAAAUCCGAUGCUUCAGACAGGUAAAUCUAUUGUUUGUUUAACAUACAAGGUAUGCUGUACAAUAUGAGAGAUAUUUUUGCUUUGGUUGUGCUUGAAUCAGGAAACGCCAUGCUUACGGGAGGAUUUCGAGGCUAUCCAUCUCCUGACUGGAAUUGCAAUACAUAUUCCACAAUGACGCCAUUUGCAAUAAUGCUCCAUUUUAUGCUUGUAUGGUUCCUCCAACACUUCUGGUCCUCCUUAUAUGCAAUCUAUGCAUGGUGGCGUGGCUUUACCCCGAGGAAUCAUGACAAUGGGUGGUAUGGCACUUCCAGCUGGAAACAGAGAUGAUCUCCCAUUGAACCAAUACGAGUACAUGGGCCUCCAGCUUGAUGAAGAUAAAAGGAGAAUUCAGCAUGAAAAAAUGAGAAGAGAGCAAUAUUUUGAAGCUGAGUCCAACUUUAAGGAGCCUUGCCCAAAAAAUGAUCGAGGAGCAUCAGGACAGGUCCAUAAGGAGAGGGAACCAAGUACAAGUUGUUCUGGUGAUGGCUUUGCUCGAAAACCACACAGAAAGCACCUCCGUGUUGAGAAAACAAGGGAGAGAAGUCCUCAUGCCUCAUCUGAUUGUAGAGAUAAGGUGCAUCGUCACUCUGACAGGUCUAAUUCUGUCACUGAUGGUUUUCCUAGUAGUUCUGAUAGGCGCAGGAGAGCAAGUCAUCAACACCAUAGUCGGGACUCAAGAAAGGACCAUGAAUGUGAUUCUACUUUGGAUCACUAUCAAGUUUCUGAUCGUAAACGUGGAGUUAAUUGUCAUGUAAGAGGCUCUCAUCAGAAACAUCACCGAAGUUCUGCACUUGAACCUAGUGCACCUGUGCAUCAGAAAGCACGAUCCAAGGAGAGGGGUUUGGGGCAUGAUGCAAGGAACUCCAGGCACCAUGAAAGACACUCCAUCGAUGAGGUACGUGACAACAAGAAAUGGAUGAGCAGCGGCUCUUAUGAAGAUUGCAGAGACAGUCAUCAUCACAAGUGAAAAAGAGUCCAUUGAGAGUAAUGAACAUGACUCAUGAGGUAAACUUGUAAAUGAAGUUUUUCAGAAAUCAGUGUAGGUGAUCAACCAGGUUCCUGUUUCCUUUUGAAUAGGUACCUUGUAUUAGCUCGGUCUUGUUGUAGCUUUGGUAUAUGGUCUUUUAUAUCCUUACGGAAAUAUAUAGGUCCCUACAACUUGUAAAAGACGUAGGUGUUUCAGGAUCUAAUUUGCAAUAUCUGUUGGCGUUGUUGGUACAGAUCUGUCGAGUGGUCAGCUUUUGGACAGUAACAUCAUGACUAACUUUUGUUCAUUUUCCUAACUAAUCCUCUUCACUUCUUUGGUGUGAGGUCUGGAUGCUAGACAAGGUUUUAACCAGAAGCCAUCUGGUUACCAAUUAAUAUUUUGGACCGUUUUAUAUGCUGCCCAACAAUUGUUUUGGACAAAGGUAAGGAAGCUGAUUUGAGGUAUGUUCUCUGUCUCGGUAAUGCUUACCGCAAGUAAUUUCCACCCUUUCAGUGGUACAAGUUCCUCUCAAGUCCUAUUCACUUAAUUUGUCCGCCUACCACUUCCGUCUAGCUGCCAACUAGAUCGAUCAACAGAUAAAAUGCUAAUUACUGAGAUAUUCUUCAGAAUAAACGAUAAUAGUAUGAUAGCAUAAACUUCGAUAAAGUUAUCUUGCGAUAUGUUGGUGAGAUGCGUAUAUUCGAACAAGAGGAUGCAUUAGCGCUAAAUUAAGAUCUUGUAUCAUGAUUCAUGGUACCCCUUUCGUUACAUAGCACUGAACAUUGUAUCGUCUGGCAUUACAUGGAACAUGACAAAACAAAUUUUCCGCGUAUUCCUAGAUGAGAAUCCAUUUUUAAGAGAGUGGUGUGCUAUUGCAUUCAUUUUCUUAAUAAUGAUGUUACGAUCCAAAAUUCCACUGGUACGCUAGUAUGAUCUCCAAAGUUCUCCCACGAUUUCCAUAACAGCUCAACUCAUACUUGCACAUAGAGCAACAAGUGUAGCAUUAGUACAAUAAUCAACGCGUAUUCAUUAUCAUUGGUCGUCCCAACAAAGUAGUAGCAAAGGGUUAUCGAAAUACCCCCCUUCAAACUUGUGCGAUUAUUAUAUCUGACAGUAAUAACAUAUACGGUCCACCAGCUAAAAGUCUCGGUCGCACCUAUGCGUUUCAAUAGUGUGUCCAUGACGCCCGACUUUACUUGCUUUGAACUAUGCAUUUCAAUAGACUGUCCAUAGUCAACAAUAUCUCAUCAAUUGCGUUAUUAUUAUUUUUUUUCAUUAUGUUCUUACUUAUUAUCUAAUAAUCAUAUUUUAUCUUUUAUCGUACCUUUUUAUGAUAGCUCUCCACCGUAUCCUAAUAUUUUUUGUAGGUUUGUCUUCAAAUCGUUGAUUUCUAACAUUAUGUAACGAUGGGAAGUGAUUCAAUCUAUCAAAAUUUUAUAUUGAUCAAAACAAUACAACACAAUACGAUAUAAUACGAUACAUUAUGAAACAAUACAACCGUCCAAACAAAAGUGUUAAGAUCGUGGUGGUUACUAAAAGAGUUCAUGUUAUAAAGGCUCAUAAAUGCUAAUAAUUGGUUUAUUGGUGCUUCGAACAAAGUUCUCCAAGUCACCAAUCUACUUUGUCCAUGGAAAGAAAAAGUUCUUUCAAAACAUAAUAUAUUUAAGUAUGCUAUAUGAGAAAAAUAUAGCAUUCUAUGAUUUAUUUUUCAUUAUUGGGUCUGCUGAACUGGAAGGUGUCUGCAAUAUAUAUAUAUAUAUCCACCCGGUGUCUUACUAAAGCGGCAUAACUAAUUAGGAUUCGUGUCAGGAAGUCCCACUUUGGGGGGUAAAGUGUCCAAAAGCAACUUUAUACCCAUGACUCGAACCUGAAACAUCUAGUUAAGGAUGAAGGAGAACUUAUCACUCCACUACAAUCUUUGAUGGUGGUCUACAAUAUAUAAUCACCCAUACUGUUAUAUAUAUCUAAACCCGCCACCUGCCCUUUAAAGAAAAUCUUUCAACGUGCCCCGCAUAAAAGUUCCCCCGCCCCACAUAAGUAGUAACUCGCCGGCCUCAAUGUCAUCCCUAAUUGACCAGUAUCAUCCAACACUAAUGUGUUUAUUUGCGUUCUUCAUAAAAUAAAAGAGAAAUUGGUGAGCACCACCAGGGUAUUCACUUUAGUAGUGUUUUAAUCCUGCCCCUCGGUCUCUCUUUUCAUAAUUGCUUAGAAAUUUCAACUGGCCAAAACACUCCUAUGGUAAUACUUCCUCCGUCCAUGAAAAUGUUGUCGCACUUGUUGGAUUAUCAAAAAUGCACUACUUUUGAAGUAUAUGACGCGCAACCGUCAACAUUUUUGAAGAGUUCGAACAACAUAGCCUGUCCAUGUUUGAUUUGACACACCCCUUAAGAAGCAAUAAAUAAAAUGAUAAUUUACAAUAUCACUCCUAAUUAUUAUACGUUAUCUAAUGUUGGGAAAUGAAUAUGGAAUAAUUAAAGUAUUAAUUAUAAGGAUAAAUAAGCACAUAAUGGUAAAUUAUCUUUUGAUUUUCGUUUGGAUAAAUAAAGUGGACAUUAGGAUAAGUAAAAAUGGACGGAAUUGGCGCGAAUGCCCUGGGCUGGUCUUUAGAUUUUGCCCCUCAAAAUGGUGGUCUUUAAUUAUUGCCCUUCCGAGCAAAACUAGCAUAGUAAAAAGACAUUACUAUUCCUAACUGUUACAUAUAAAACACAACAAAAAUCGUUAUUCUCAAAUCCUUCUAUUGUUAACCCAGCCCAACUUCGUUCCCAAGCCAGAUUUCUCAAUUAUUCAAAUAAUUGUUUCAAGCCAGAUUUCUCCAUUGAUUUUGUUGCUACAACAUCAGUAAAAGGUACAAAUCUUAAUUCAACUCAAUUUAACGAUUUUAUUGAGUUUAGAUUGUUAAUAUUUGAAAAAGAUCAUCUUCUACGACCUGAUUAUUAAGAAACAUAUGACAUAUAGCUCAGAUUGAACAUUACACAUGAUAAAAUUAAUCAGCAAAAUAGAAUCGAUUGGAUUUAAUGUUUUGUUCUGAUUUUAAUUACUUUAUACCUUAAUUAAAUUAGUAUACAAUGCUUAUUUACUUGAAAUUGUAAUUAUAGUAAAUUUAAUUGAAAUCAGGCAAUGCUUAUCGAUUUAAAUUUGAAUUAAGGUAAACUGUGUGCAAAUUUAGAACAAUUAUGCCGGAGGAGGAAAAAAUUCAAUUUACAAAAGAGUAGAGUAUGUCGUUAACGGCAAUGUUCUGAACCAAUUUAAUAACAAGUAUGCCGGAGAAGGCAAAAGUACAAUUUACAAAGUAAUAGAGUAUGCCGUUACAGGCAAAGUUCUGAACAAACUUCUGAAUAAGUAUGCCGUAGAAGGCAAUACUUUUGUUUAGAAGCCAUUAAAGUAAAAUUCUACAAACCUAAAGAAACUUACACUUCAUUAACAUACAUUUAUAUAUAUAUAUAUAUAUAUAUAUAUCCACAAAACAUAAAAUCCUAACUUCAUAAGUACCAAACUACCAUCAUCAGUUCUAAUUUCAUGUGUACCCAUUCCAAAUUGCCCCAUCGUCAACUUGGCCAGUGUGCUGGAAUAACCUCUGCCUUACAAAUCGUAAUUCUCUUCGCAGAUCAUCAUUUUCUCUACUUAGAGCACCGUAAAGAGCCCUCAGAAAAUCUAUGUCUCUUUUGAUAUAAGCAAUUUCAUGAGUAAUUUACAAAUUUGCAAUAUUAGGAUGGAUUUGGUUAUGAGGAUGAGUAUGUUCAUGUGCUUGCCCGUGGCCACCAUUAACAUGUACAAUAUGUUGAUUUUGGUUCAUUUCGUAUGUGAUUAUAUCUGGUUUUCAGAAGUAAAGUGUUUUUUUUUUCCUUCUUCCAAAAGUUGUGUUGGUUUAUAUAGAAGUAUAAAUUAGUCCAUUUUAAAUUGGAAUAACUGUUGCAUGGAUUUGAUUUAAAUUGGAUAAAGACAGAGGAGGUUUUUCAGUUUCAUGAAAAUAACUGUUGCAAUUUCAUUGGAAUAACUGUUGCAGAAACAGUUACUCCGUUUUUGAAGAAUGCUGGUAGUGGCAGAACUUCUGUUUACAAAAUGGUAGAGUAUGCCGUUUCAGGCAUACUUCGUGACUUUACAUACAAAGCCUGCUGGGAAGGGCAGAACUUACAUUUUCAAAACUAACAACUUAAAUACAUUUCAUUUUGGUUUUUUCUCAAAUGAAUCUCUUUUUAUGCAGGAAGUUUAACAAAAAAAUGACACCAAGAUGCAUCUACGUAGCCUUCAACGGCAAAUGGGACGCCGCCUACAAUUAUGUUAAUCAUGAAACCAAGCUAAUACUUGUCAAUAAUGGUGUAAAUUUUCAACAAUUCACUCAACAGAUAUUUGCGAGGCAUACACAAGAUACUCAGCAAAAAGAGGCCAACAUAUGGUUUGACACCAGUGAGAAAACAUCCAAAGGGAUGCGUGUAACAAACGACAUUGAUCUUCACACUUGCUUGUACCUGCUCAACAACAAUGACAACUUCAGGAAUUCCCAUUUCAUAUUAGAGUUCAAUUCAGCUGAUGCGGAGAACAACCCAUUACAAGAACAUCAUAAUGAAUCUAUCCUAAUGACAGAAGGACAAACCAUAGAGGAAAUUGACAGACAACUCUGCAUUGCUUAUGAAGAAGACAUGUCUGAAGUUGGAUUGGAUGACGAACAACACAGUCCUAUUGGACAUAACCUUGGGAUUCCACAUGAGCAGAGCGAGAUAGUAACUCCUAACCAGACACCUCAGCAGCUACAAUGGCAACCACCAAACAUUGAGCAAGUUGUAAACAAUGACCUUUCUCAGCAUCCAACUUCAAAGAAUGUUGUAUCACUUACUCCGAGCAUGACAGUUGAAGAGACACAAACACAGCCAUGCAACAAAACAAAGACACUAAAAAGGAAGAGAAUACAAAAUGAUACACAAAUUUUGACACCUAGUGCAUCGAUUGAUCAAAUAGAAGUUGACAUUUUAUUCAAAGACAAAGAUACUAUGAAAAAAUGCAUGAAUAACAUUGCAAUUACUCGUCAUCAACAGUACAAGGUAGAAAUUUAUGCACGCAACGGUAUUACAUCAGAUGUGUUGAUCCAACCUGCAUUUGGCGUUUCCACAGUUCAAGGUUCAGAGGAUCAGAACUUUUUAAAGUAGUUAACUUUGAAAAGAGACAUAGUUGUUCAAUAAAUUUCAUCACCUCUGACAUGAGGAAUGCAACUUCAAAAGUCAUAGCGGAAUACAUUACAGACCUAGUACGCCAUACAUUACAAGAGAUAACACCCAAAUUUGUCAUUGAAGAAAUGAGAAGCAGAUAUGGCUUGCACAUCGGUUACCACAAAGCAUGGUGUUCCCUCCAACACGCUUAUAAGGUCAUAAGAGGAAGCCCAGAAAAUAACUACACACUUCUACCGCAAUAUCUUCACAUGAUGAAAUUAAGAAAUCCUGGAACAGUUGCUAACAUCAAAUGGACCGCUGACAAUAAGUUUAAAUAUGCUUUUUUCGCGUAUGGAGCAUCAAUUGAGGGUUGGAAACACUGCAGACCAGUAAUAAUGGUGGAUGCAACCUUCUUGAAAUCAAAAUACCGCGGUGUGCUCAUGAUAGCAGUAGUAAAAGAUGGAAACAACAGCAUAUUUCCUCUCGCAUUUGGUAUUGCAGACUCUGAGAAUAAUGAAUCCUACAGGUGGUUCUUCAGACAUGUGAAAAAGGUGUUUGGCACGCGCAAAGACCUAUCAAUUCUUUCCGAUCGCCACUCGUCAAUUGCAACUGCAAUCAAAGAAUUGUAUCCAGAUACCCAGCAUGGAAUAUGCAUCUACCACAUGGAGAAGAACUUGCAGAAAUAUUUCCCAUCCGAAGCGAUCCUAUCACUGUUCUACAAUGCAGCAACUACCUACAAACAGGCAGAGUUUCGUACCUAUAUGUCACAGAUACAACAAAUCGACCCAAAAGCUGCAGAAUACAUAGAAGAAGAACCACUAGAAAGAUGGGCACGUUCAUUCCACACCAACGGGCGUUACAACAUGCUCACAACAAACAAUGUCGAGACAAUGAAUUCUGUAUUGAGGAAAGCAAGGGAGUUGCCAAUAAUGGCAUGUAUUGAUUACAUCCAGAACAAGCUGCAAAAUUGGUUUUACCAGAGAAAAUUGGACGCAACAGGACCGUCCCAUGACCUGACAUGUUGGGCUGAAAAGAUUCUGCUUGAAAAGAUAAGUAGAGGCUUCACAAUG